AUGGCCUCUGUAACUCCUGUACAGGCAUCGUUGCCAGUGUCUGAUCCUUUCAGAGGCGUUUCGGGUAAGCGCCCUUUGGCCGCGACCAAUAUAGACGGGGACGAGGAGAACCGGCGGAAAGAUCCGAAGAUCAGUAGGGCCUGUGAUACCUGUAAGAAAAAGAAAAUACGAUGUGACGGCAUAUUCCCAUGCAGCAACUGUUCUAAGCGAAAGCUCAAUUGCGCCUAUGACGCGAAAUACGGGCGAGGGCGACCUCCGACUCCACCACCUUCAACCACAGUCAAUGAACGCCAAGAGAGAUCACGAAGUGAUACUUCAAAUGAUGUUGCUAUCUGGCAGCAACCAGCGCCUGUCGCCCAUGUGGUCUCGACUUCACAAGUGCAUUCUCGCGCCUCACCUGAAAUCGAAAUCGAGGGUCAAUAUUAUGACCCUACCUCAGGAUUGAACUUUUUACACCGAGCGUGGAAAAAAUUGUUGAUCCAAAACGAUGAGUCUGCAUCAUAUGACUCGAACGACACGGAGCGAAAUCAACUUCUCACUUCAGCUGGAGACCGCCCGUUUCACGUCAAUGAUAGCGCGACAGACAGCUUUAUUCCAGAUGCUCCCACAGCGAGAAAGCUACAGGAAUUCUAUUUCGAAACGUGUGUUGUGACCUACCGUAUGUUCCACCGGCAAACCAUUGAAAGCUGGAUGGAGACGUUCCUGAAGGAUCGACAAUUACAAAGGCCGAUUGCUCAGUCCCUUGGUAAUUCCAGAACCGCGAUUCUCCUUACAAUUAUGGCCAUCGCGACCCUGCGCCUUGAGAAAGUGCAUGGGGGAAUUUCUACGGAAGAUGAAUCACUUGUUUUACAACGAAGCGAUCACUUGUUCUGUGCUGGUAUGAGAUUGACCGACAUGGAGAUGGGAUUCCCUCGUCUUGAGUCAGCGCAGGCACGCCUCAUCCAAGUCCUCUAUCUUCUCCAAACAGCUCGCAUGAAUAAAGGCUGGUAUACAUUCGGGAACGCAUUUCAUAUCACUCUCUCUUUGGGUAUGCACAGGCGACGUGAUCAGAAACGGGACUUUCCUUUCACGAGCAGGCGACACAAUUACAUCACUACGGAAUGCUAUAAGCGCACCUUUUGGGCGGCAUACAUCAUUGACAAAUAUCUUAGCGUUGUAUUUGGCCGGCCUCGGCUUUAUCAAGACGACGACAUUGAUCAGAACUUCCCAGAUAGUGUCAAUGAUGAGGAUAUGACCCCACAGGGACCUUCCGUCUCAGAUGAUCCAGCCGAUUGUUACAUUGAUGCUUUAAUAUUUCAUGCAAAAAUUGCACGAAUAAUUGGAAAGGUAUCACGAGAAGUAUACUCAGUCAGCGACUUGUCCAACCAAGAUCGAUUGGCAGCUGCUCAUCGAUCUAGCCGUGAAUUACACGAGUGGCGUGCAAGUCUGCCACCACACUUGGGUACUGUGAAACCAUCAACAUUGAUUCCCAGUUUCCGGCGUCAAGCUAUUGCCUUGCAGCUCGCAUAUUCCCAUGCUCUCAUCCACACCAAUCGACCCUUCCUUUUGGGUGAAGCAGGGUCUGAGAAUGCCACCGAAUGCCUCUCUGCCACAAAGGCCAGUCUAGAGCUCAUCAACAAAAUGGCGGGGGAUAGUACACUGCUUCAUUCGUUCUGGUGGACACACUAUGUCAUAUUUUGUGCAUUAGCAGUUGUCUAUGUCUGGGAAAUUCAGAGAACCACAAGACCCACCGACGAGAUAGAUAAUCAAUCUCUCGGAAAAAUGUUUGAUCUCGCAGAGAAAUGCCACGGCCAUCUCAAGCGAGCAUCUACCGGUCUUUCGCAAAACCAACGAUACAGUGUUAUACUUGACGAACUGAGAUCCGAGGCCCAAAGAUGUCGAAUCAUGAGGGGAAAUCCGCCGUAUCCACACCAAGGUGGCCGUCCUGGUGGCGAAACCAAUGCCAGCACAGAUGUUGCCUUUCCAUUCUUGCAUGAUCCGGAUAUGUUCGGGUCUGCGCAGGAAGGAAUGAUGCCAAGCAUGCUAGACAGUUUUCUGUUUAGUGACUGGCAGACUCUUGAUUCAUCGGUAUGUGUAAUCCUAGAGUAUUUGAUGGCCUCGUGGUAA